CCGCAGGUUGACUCCGCCGACCAAGUCGUCGUUCAUCACCAAACCAUGGCUACCAUAACCGUCUCCCCUGAGCAGUACAUCGCGUCGCUCCCCUCCAUCGUGGACCGCACGUCCAAGCAGGAGGGCGCCACGAAGCUCGCGAACCCCAAUUUCAUCGCCAUCAAGUACAACGCAGAGAUUGAGGACCCGAGCUGCUGCUUCAAGACCGCAGCGUGCUGCGGGUGUCUGCCCCUGUGCUUUAUCUGUGCGCCCCCAUGUUCGUACUUCGACAAGGAGCGUUCCUACCUUUAUCUCCGCGAGGGCUCCCUGGAGGCCAACACCUCCAUGGACAACUACUGCGCCCCAAUCUGCUGCUGCUGCACUUUCGACGACAACGUCUACGUGAACUACUUUGACAGGGCCCCGUAUGCUAUUAAGGGCUGCCUCUGCCCGGCUGUGCCCAAGCUGGAGGUUUAUGACCCCGCUUGCAUGUGCUGCUGCAUCAAGCUUGACUGCGAGUGCUGCUUCGGCCCCAAGCAGGUGGUCAUCAUGCCCUACGAGACGUGCUGCCUGUGCUGCCCCAACAGGUCCUGCUGGUGCCACAACUGCUUCGGAUGCUGCGGUCAGCCGGACGGCAACCCCCUCUACUUCAACCAAUUCUACCCGCAGCCCAAGAACGCUGAGGCUUUCGUGGCCCAGGCCAAGCAGAUCAUCCCCGUCUCCCAGAGGAUGGAGGGCAAGUCCUCGUAAGCGCACCGCGAGGUGGACGACAUCGGAAUCGAGAAAUUUCAAGUUGUGCGCAAACGGCUUCACGCCGUGUACAAAAGAGUGAACGAACGACGACGCAUCAGCAACAGCAGAAGGUAUUAAUCUAUUUGCCUUCGAAAUUCUCAUCACAUCUG